CCUCGAAGAGGAGACCAGAAAGCGGUUUAAGUAUAAAAUGAAACUUGAAGUGUCAUUGUUGGGUAACGAGGCCCGAUAAGCUGAAACACCGCCUUCAUAUAACCUUAUCAACACAGCUCAGUCGGUUUCGGUUCAUGAAUAGUUCACACACCUUAAGCGUCAAGGCUUAGAUUAGGGAUUUAUUUCCGGGCUGUAAACACUCGGGCUAGUUAAUGUAUGCCAGUAUCAGUGACUACACCCACUGACGGCCAAAACUCAGCAGACACGCCUAAAACAAGCAGGAAGUGACAGGAGGCGCAGUACACCUAUAAAAGCGAUGUUAGGCUACAGACUUCCAUUAAAGUUUGAAGUCGUCAGAAGGUACAACGUUAAACAGCCUUCACUUAGUUAUUUCUCAUAUCGAGUCGUAAGUGCGCGUGCUGCGGGUAACCGUUUAUACCUGUACUAAUCCCGGAAGUCGUGAUAAGCGCGUGCAUUGUUCCGCUGGUUCUCACGGAGUGUGGUGAGGAACUGGACAUCACACUUACAGUCUUUGAGCAGGGAAAUUUCUCACACUGUGACGCUGCUGCUCCGUGUCAAGGUUUUUUUCCCCCUCUACUUUUUGUUCUGCUUGAAACUGCGUUUAAAAGAGGAAUUCACAGACGAGUUCCUGCUGCUGGAAAUUUUCAGGUCGCUUUCCGCCAUGUCUCUGGGCUCGGAAAUGAUCCGAGGUGAAGCGCUUUUCUCCGACUUCAGGAGACAGUGUUCGGCGACGGAGAACUGGCAGAACAAGUACAAUAAAAACGGGAUGGAGGUGUGGGUCGAGGUGCCUCCUGUAAACAACUCGCCCCAAGGCAACAGAAACAUCUACUCUAAAGUGCACAAAGUCAAGUGUAAAAUUGCCAUAAACGAUGUGUCUGCUGCUACAAUAUACGACGUUCUUCAUGACAACAUCUAUCGAAAAACGUGGGACCCUGUAAUGCUCGAGAGCUUUGAAAUAGCCCGUCUAGGUCCCAAUUCUGAUGUGGGCUACUACUCAUGGCUCUGUCCUAAACCACUGAAAAACCGAGACGUGGUUACCGUCCGCUCUUGGCACGCUUCUGAAGAUGAAUAUAUAAUUGUCAACUACUCGGUCAAACAUCCGAAAUACCCUCCACGUAAAGACUUGGUGAGAGCUGUCUCUAUUCUGACGGGUUACCUGGUGAAACCAACAGGGCCGAACAGCUGCUCCUUCAUUUAUCUCUCACAAGCAGACCCUAAAGGUUCUCUUCCUAAGUGGGCAGUAAAUAAGGCAACUCAAGUCCUAGCACCCAGAGUAAUGAAAAGUGUUUAUAAGGCAGGUCAAAACUACACUGUCUGGAAGGCCCAGAACUCUCCAGAACAUAAGCCAUGGCUCUACCCUAUCCAGAGUGAACUGCCAAUGAUGGAUCCAGCUGAGCUGAGCAUCCAGCGUGGAGACUCUCUGGAGAAUGUGGAUGAGACCUCAACCCGUGAUGCUGUGGAGAACGAGGAUAGCAGCUGAAGAACAGCAAAAUAUGGUGAAGAAAUGGACUCUUAGCUUUUAAACUUCCAGUUUCUUUCAUGUAGUUGGUGCUGUUCAUGGGUACUUGUUCCCGUUUCUUCUUAGAUCAGAAGUGCUUGUAGGCACUGGGGUCUGAUUCUGUGGCACAACAUUAAGCUGUGCUUACAUAAAUUUCUAUAUAAUGCAAAAAUGAAGAAUGAUGUGAAGGCUGGCCAUGGUUUAUAAACAUGUACUCCUUUGAAGUUAAAAAAUGGUAAAUUGUCUUAAGUGUUUAUUCUUGGAAGAGAGAAAAGCUAAGUGAAUAUUUUUGGCAACAUGUUCAUUUAACAUAACAUAAAUGAAGGAAAGUGAAUGACCUUUUUUCUGUAAAGGUAAAUUAUUAUUCCUGAAAAGGUAAUUUAUUUUAUAUAAUUAAAUUAUGAAGUGUUAUGGAGAUUGUUUUUAUUUAUUUCGCUUUUGAUUUAUUAAAACUUGAACACUGCAGACUAGUGGGAAGGUCAUGAGGACUGGUGAAGGGAGUUAGUGAGGCCUCCUUAUUUAUGAAUUUGUUUCUACACCUUGUCUUGAGUGUGUUUGAACGGGGAACUUGAUUUUACAUGAAUAUCCAGGGAAGUUUAGUAAUUAGUAUUUAAUUAUUUUUGUAUAUCUGUCAAAAUGACUUAUUUUUGUAUUAUGGCAGAUUUAUUUAUUACUUUAUUGGUAAGUUACUCAUACUUCUUAGACCAGUGGUUCCCAAACAUCAAGAUUGUAAGAUACUCACACACUUUUCAUACUGUAACCUGCAUUACUCAACAAAAGGCCUAGAAAUUGGCUGAUGAGUUUUGUUUGUUUGUUUGUUUUUGCAUGUGUUAAUGUAUAAAUGUGCAUAGCAUGAAGUGAGGGUAACACUGAUAACACUGGUUUACAGAAAUGCAAGAGACCGAUGACAAAAGCAAUAUAUUAUCUUGCUUACACAAACACUGAUGUCCCUAGAUACUGUUUUGUUUUCUCACAGGAACAGGUCUUCCCUACCAAACAGAUAAUCUGUACACAAAUUGGGAGAAGAAUAGGGAAGGAUGUGUAGAUUAUGUUACUAGAAGACUUUAUAGAAUACUUUCAUUCCUGCUUUUUUUAAUUAAUUGUUUUAAAAAUGUUUCAUCUAAAAUGUUCAGUUUUUAUUAUAAAGAUUACAAAGAUUUUUACAAUAAAUAAUUUGAUCAGUUAAGAUUCAUUAAGACUUUAUUUAUGUCACAAUAAAUUCUACGAACAGACAAUCUUUGAAACAGUAAGGCAUCUCUCAAAACACAGAUUCUAUACAGGAGGGCACAAAUUAUUUGCUGAAAGGUCCUACCUGUAGAUAACAGUUUGGCAGUUAAUGCCAGGUUUAAAAAAAAAAAACAAAAAAAAAACCCCGUUGAUAUUAAAACUCAAUUUUUUUUUUAAAGCGUUACCACCCAAUCCAAAGUGCACCAAGUCAGGGCCUCAAAUCCAACCUAUAGACGAGCAUUCUGGAUUUGACCAUGAUUUAUGAAUACAUUACUCAUCACAGUAGAUACCAAUGCUAUAUAUGUGCUAUGAUUAUUAGUUGUAAUUAAUUAGUUAAGACGGUUUUAUCUUUCAGUAGUAUAAUGUCAGUCAGCAGGAUAUUAAGAUGCAAUUAAUACUGAGAGAAAAUAAUUUCAUAAUAAAAAGAAACAUGACAAUACAGGCAAAUUACAGACUGAAAGGUGAUCAUAUACGUGUGUAUAUAAUCACACAAUGUUUUAAUCUGUGGUCAUUCUCCCCCAUUUAUCUCUGAACCUAUAUAUAUAUAUAUAUAUAUAUAUAUAUAUAUAUAUAUAUAUAUAUAUAUAUAUAUAUAUAUAUUAGUGUACAUAAAACUUAUCAUAACAUCCAUCACCUAGUUCAGGAGUGUCAAACUCUGGUCCCACAGGGCCGCAACACAGCUACUAUAAAUGCAUAGCCUUGUCACUACUGGAAAGUAAAUCAAUAGCUUUUGUUGUAGCAAUGCUACAAUAUGAAAUCUGAUCAUUACCUGAUACAUGGAGCCCUAUUGUUGUCAUAAACAGAUAACCUAAGUGCAUGUAAACCCAUUAAUCAAAUUAUAGCCAAAAUAUUACAUUUUGCAGUAACAAGCUAUAUAUUAAAUCACCAUUUUAUCGGUUUUGAAUUUCAGAUGCAUACAAACUUUGGUAUUAAAUCCUCACUAUGUACAAAGCAUGAACUCAAACCACUAACAGCCUAUAUCAUUCAUCAAUAUUAAGCAUUAUAUAUAUUUCAGUCUAGUAGCAAUUAAGGCAUCAUAGUACAGAACUGACUAAAAUGG